AUGGCAGAGGAACUAACAACAGAAACGCCAAUGGUAGCACACACAAUCUCCUCGAGGAAACGACCGAUCAAGAACGAUAAGCUCUCUCUCGAAGAUUACAUUCACCUCCUUAACUCCCGUCACGCCAUUGAUCUCACCAUGAAUCAACUCAAUCAGGUCAUCCGUAUUCACGGCUUCAAGAAAAUUCACCAUGUUACAAAGAAAGUGUUGACUGAUGCUGUGGACGUGCUAGAUCUGCUGGAUCUACCGCGAUCGACGCUCACAGAGAGUGUUUGCGCGUUUGCUGAUUUGACUGUGGAGGAGGCAAAUGCAGAUCUCGGUGAUCUCAACUGGCAAGAUUGUUGUGUUACCUCUAUCCAGAAAUUUGGCUGCUGUGAUGAUCGGAGAUCGUUUCCUGCUUUCUCUGAUCAGAAUCUUGGAGAUGUGAAUCAUUUGCAGUCGCAAAGUUGCAUUCACCAGAGUAAAAGAGAUGAAACCGGUGGUAUGAUCCAUGAAACUUUAAAGCGUAGGUUAGGAGUUACGAAAAUGGUGCCAAGGCGAAAGAAGAGCAGUAUUCAUGCUCUUCACUCGUCCACUUCAAUUGUGGAUUCUGUUUCUCUCUCUUCAUGCUGA